CUGCCCCUGUGUUGAACAGCCAAGGUCACUGUUGUGGGGCACUGAUCCCAUCCUGGCCAUGGUGGGAGAAAACACUAAGUUACGCUGCCAUCUGUCACCCGAGAAAAAUGCUGAGGACAUGAAGGUGCGGUGGUUCCAGUCUCAGUUCUUCCUCGCAGUGUUUGUGUAUAAGGGUGGGAGAGAGAGAACAGAGGAGCAGAUGGAGGAGUACCGAGGGAGAACCAUCUUUGUGAGCAAAGACAUCAGCAGGGGCAGCGUGGCCCUGGUCAUACACAACAUCACAGUCCAGGAGAACGGCACCUACCGCUGUUACUUCCAAGAAGGCAGGUCCUACGAUGAGGCCAGCCUGCACCUCGUGGUUGCAGGACUGGACUCUGAGCCCCUCAUUGAAAUGAGGGGCCACGAGGACGGGGGCAUCUGGCUGGAGUGCAUAUCUGGAGGGUGGUACCUGAAGCCCCUCACGGUGUGGAGGGACCCCUACAGUGAGGUCGUGCCUGCCGUGAAGGAGAUCUCCAUCCCUGAUACAGAAGGGCUCUUCAUAGUCACCACAGCUGUGAUUACCAGAGACAAGUUGGUGAGGAACGUGUCCUGCUCUAUCAAUGAUACCCUGUUCGGCCAGAAGAAAGAAAGUGUCAUUUUUAUUCCAGAAUCCUUCAUGCCCAGCAGGUCUCCCUGUGUGGUGAUCCUGCCUGUUACCAUGACUAUUCUGAUGAUAUUCAUUAUGGAAAAAAAGAUUUGUCAGGAAAAAGAGUUUGAACAGGAAAGGAAAGAAACUGCGCUAAAGGAACUGGAGAAAGAAUGUGUGGAAAAAGAGAAAGAACUUCAAAUCCAAGAGCAACUUCAAGAAGAAUUGCGAUGGAGAAGAAUAUUCUUACAUGCUAGUGAUGUGGUCCUGGACCCAGACACUGCUUAUCCCGAUCUCUUCGUGUCAGAGGACAAGAGGAGUGUGACAUUGGAACCCUCUAGGGAGAGCAUGCCGGACAACCCAGUGAGAUUCGACAGUUAGCUUUGUGUCCUAGGCCAGGAGAGCUUCGCCUCAGGGAAACAUCACUUGGAGGUAGAGGUGGAAAACGUGAUUGAGUGGACUGUGGGGAUCUGUAGAGACAAUGUGAGGAAAUGGGAGGUCCCGCUGCUUCCUCAGAAUGACUUCUGGACCUUGGAGACGCAUAAAAGGAAAUACUGGGCCCUGACCUCGCCUAAGUGGAUUCUCUCUCUGGAGGAGCCCCUUUGCCAGGUGGGCGUCUUCCUGGACUCUGAAGCUGGAGAUGUCUCCUUCUACAACAUGAGAAACAGAUCACACAUCUACACAUUUCCCCAUUCAGCCUUUUCUGUGCCCGUGAGGCCCUUGUUCAGCUUAGGCCUUGACAGCUGCAUCUUAAUCUGCUCUGCAUUCACAGGAGCCAGUGGGGUCCCGGUGCCUGAAGAGGGCCGGACACUUCACAGAGCAGAGACCCACCACAGCCCACAGAAUCAGUUCCCUGUCUCACAGCCAUGGAGAUAA